CGCCCCCUGAAUCAUUACUUCCCUUUACCUUUCACCUGUUUCUCUCUACUUUCAGUAGCGGCUCGUUCUCUCCGCUAAUACAUGCGGAUUAUCCCCUCUGUUCUACUUUAUAUCAAAUUCUCUCUCUUUCGCUCUGCAUGCUUUCCUCUUCAAUUUAUUUCACUUGUUUUCCCCUAUAUACUACUUGUUAUUAGCUUUACAAGUCUGAAUCCAACAACUCAAAGCUCUAUUUAAUGCUUACAGUGCCUGAUCCUUACCUCCCAUUACCCUUCUUUUCAUGUUCAAAUUCAAUUAGGCCGUAUAUAUCAUCAACUCCGAAGUGGUAGGUUCGUUAAUCAACGUUUCUUGUAACUGACGCCGAAUGCCAGUAAAUAUCAAUUAACCACUGCGGGAUUCAACCAUAGCUACGGUUUGAAAAUUGGCCCAGUCAAGAUUUGCAAGAAGAUACUGUCAUUGGAUAAAUGGCAACUUCAGCUUCAAAUUCAGUUACAAACUCCCCUAUAUCCUCCGCUGCUCACUCUCCUCCCCCUCCACAACAUCAGGAGGUUUCAAGCCCCACUGUUCCUGAAGAGUCAAAGGAGAAAGUGGUCAAAGAUCCUCUUGAUGAUAUGGAGAGCCGACAGAUUGAGAAGUUCAAGAGGUAUGAGGUUGAGUCCAGCAGAUAUUUAAUGUCCAAGUACUUCUCGGACAAGACAAUUUUUGGAGGAAACAUCUUUGACGUAAAAAUGACUAUAAACGGAGAGCAAGUAAAAGUAAGCAGAUUUCCUGGGUACCAAUCAUAUGCAGAUCCUGCUAAUUUUAAUGAUGAUAGCAGUAGCGACACAAUUUCUACAGUGGAAACUACACCACUGAGUGCUAAUGGGCAGCAACCUUCCAAUAAAGGCUACUAAUCUUAGAAUUUCUUUCCUUUACCAUCCUCUUAAUCAGUAGAAAUCUCCUGCACUUAUAAUAAAUCUGAAAUUUUUUGUAGAUCAUCUAGCAAUGCGGAGAAACUUAUAUAACUUUUAGCAAUAUCUGAGGACAAAAAUAUUAACUUGCUUGGAAUUGAGGCGUAGUUAUAAUUGUUAUUGUUGUUGUAUUCUGAGGACAACGAUAAGAAUUUGGACCGCUGGUUGGUUGCUUGUCCCUAA